AUGAUAUGCGCAGCUUUAGAAAGAUCUCGGUGUCCGGUGAAGGUGAAGGAGGUGCACGUGAUCAACAUCUCGCCGCUGGUCGACACCAUCUUCAAUUUCGUGAAGCCCUUCGUGAAGGAGAAGAUCCGCAGCCGCAUCACUUUCCACAACGACGUGGAGAGCCUCUACAAGGUGGUGCCCCGCGACCUACUGCCCAACGAGUACGGCGGCAAGGCCGGGAACGUCGUGGAGCUGAACCAGUGGUGGAAGCAGAAGCUGGUCGACAACACCCAGUGGUUCAAGGACCAGGAAGACAAGAAGGCCAACGAGUCCCUGCGUCCGGGUGCCCCCAAGACCAGCGACGAUCUGUUCGGCAUGGAAGGCACCUUCCGACAGCUGAACAUCGACUAGGGCCGAGGGGAUCCAGCAUCCACCUCCGGCGACCUCAUCCAGCUUGUCUAACCCUUUUUAUUAGCCGCUCAUUUGAUUAGUCCAAGCUCGUGUGCAUGACUCUUGCUUAAUUGCUUCAUUCUUUCGCCAGAACCCAUUGUUAGUCUAUCUUCAUAUCACCAGUACAUUGCAGUAAUUACAAUAAUAAAGAACAGCAGCAUAUUAAGGAAUGAAUAAAA